AUGCCGGACCGCUCGAACCAUCAUACCCGAGACAUUUUCGUCUCUGUGCCUGCGAAGGUAUCUUGGACGAGCGGCGAUGUCGUUCGCGGGUCGGUAAGAGUCAAGGCCACUUCUAGGCCUCUGAGAGUAAACAUAACUUUUCGGGGCCGGACGAAGUGUGCAAUCACUCGUUCAAACGGGCAAAGCUCGACCACCUACAAGGAGAAACCAGAGUUCUUUAGCCGUACGCUGGAGCUCUAUUCUUCGCCUACUAGUGGACAGAGUUACGACAUCAUCUGUGCCCUACGUGGCGUUACUGAGGACGGCAGAGUUGAGCUGCCGUUCGAGUUUACUUGGCCCGAGCGAACCGAAAUUUUGCCCGGUUCCAAAUGGCUCCAAACCCCUUUUUUUGAGCACGAACAUGGAGGACCCCUACCACCCACUUACUACCGAGGCGGGUCGAACAACCAACUUGUGGAAUACUUCUUAGAAGCGAGACUCUACACUGGUGGGAGGUACGACGCGUCGCAAGAAGUCAGAUGUCCCCUCACAUACCGGCCAUCUCCGCCCAUACCAGAUCCUGUCCCUCUCGUACCAAAGGUCAAUACUAUAUACUCUCUCGGUGGCAUAACCACUCGCACACAUCGAUUGCACCCUGAAUACGACCCGGAUGAAGGCUGGCGUGCGAGGAUCAAGCAUAGUUGGAACAAGGAUAAAGCCACAACGCCUUACGUCAGGUAUAAGAUCGACGUUUCCUGUCCCAGCGUGAUUACUGCCGGCCAGCCUAUCAUCCUAUCUCUCUCGCUCAACCAUCUUGAGCGUUCCAAAGAAAUUCCUGAUCCUCCCCCUGUUCAUCUACGUCGGAUCAGUGUCAGAUUAUCUAGCCAUCUGAGGGUCCGUAUACCUUCCCGUUCGCUUUUUGGCUCCAGCGACAUGAAUGACAACCACAACGACAAGCACAUCUUCUUAGAUAAGAGCUUCAAUAGUGGUGAGGGACUCCUGAUCUUUGACGGCAUGGAUGCAAUUACAGCCAAAGUACCGGUGCUACUUGCCCCAGCUUUCAAGACCUACGGUCUGGAAUUGACUCACAAACUUAAAGUGGAGCUCUGGGGUGAAUGUGCGAGGGAGAAGUUCCGUUUCACGCCAGUGCAGGGGCCCAUCUUGAUCUUAGGUCACAGGAGUACUCCGGUUGAUGACCUGUCUCCACCUGGUCCCCCACCCAUACUCAACGCGAAAGGUGCUGACGGUGCCGCCGAGGCGCCUCCAGCUGUGGAAGAAGAUACUGCGCCGCCCCCGUACCAGUCAAUGCCUACCCCAGGCUCCACGAUGGGGAGCAGUCAAAUCUCGAUUCACGUAGAGUUCACCCAGCAGGUCUGUGGUGCACUUGAAUCAGUCAUAUCUCGAACGGGUUUCGCAGGUCAGCCUGAAGCAAUCGUAGAUCAGGGUAGGUCAGCCCCAGUAUCUUCUGCAAACGCUACUACCAAGGAGUACGACGUUAGGGACACAGAAAGUGUUUUCCGCAACGAUGACAAAAGUUUUAGCGACUUCAAGACUGCGAGUGCAUCCAGCGACGACGAAUCUUGGGUCUACAUCAAUUGCAACCGCUCCGGAACCAUGGAAAGUGGCAUGGCAGACCUAGCUACGUAUGUAGACAAACCUGCCUUCGAGACAUUCGCAGACUCCGACAGCGCAAGUCCGCUACCAACCUCGCCUAUCUCGAGGGGCUAUCUACGCUCUACUCAACACCUCGAGGCAUUCAUGCACCCGACGGACUUCGCCACUGAGUCCAGUACGCUUGGCGACCUACUGUCGUUCGAGUCGGCGACUUACAGUGACUAUGCGCCACUUGUGGAUCCUGACUCUGGAGCUCCGUCCUCUGCUCAAGCUCGCCAUGCAAACUUGGAGGUUUUCGUCGACAGGGAGAACGAGGAGCUUGCGCACGUAGUGGAGACUGCUAGAAAGGUACCGAUGGUGGUGUGCACUGAGGCGGCUCCGCAACAUGAUAGCCACUCUAAGCCAACUAGUCAAGUCAAUACAUCUGCAAUUGUAGCUCCACAUGAUGCUUCCCAUCAUGAGAAGCAUCACAGGACAGAGAGUUGGAUGGACGAGCAGAGACAGGCUUGGUGUACAUAG